AUGUACCGCGGCUACAAGAAGCGCAACCUGGAGCUCGACGCACUUACCGAGAACCAGCCGCCUUACCUCGCCAACACCAAGACAUCGAUUGUAGUGCAAGAUUUCAAGGACGUCGAAGAUGAAGCCACUCUCCAACAACUUCACGAGUAUCUGUUUAAGAAGUAUGUCUUGCUCGACAGAGUCAUCAAAGCUCGUAAGCUUCACCAUAGCCACUUCUACGCUGUGGACAUGGACUACGGCCACGAAAAGUACCUGACGAAGCUUCUCAAUGACAAGCACGUGAUGGCAAGAGCUUUGGAACGCCUUGGUAAACGCGGUGCAGAGGUUGUGCACAGAAAGAAAGAGUGGCUCGGUUGGGUCAGGAUUCGCCAAGAGGAAGAAGAAAGCCAGCGUGAGAACGAGAGCAAAAAGGUCAAGCUCGAAGCUCUGCUCUUCAAACGCCACGAGAAGGAUCUCCAGCGUCAGCAACGGGAGAUCGCUGCCAAAGAGGACAAGAAACGUGAAGAGGAGUAUCUACAUGGCGCAUUCGAGCAACGUCUAUCUGAAAUGUCUGAAGAGGAGCAAGAUGACUGGGACCCAGUUCAGGAUAUUUUCGGCUACGAACGCGCUAACUACGUCGACCUGAUCAAACUCUUCCUAAUGCUUCAAGAUCAUAGUACCUCGACUGCGCCGAAGGAGGAUGGUGACCUCACUGCUGCAGCUGGACCCAGCACGUCCGAGCCUGAAAAGGAGAAGCCUCUUUCUAAGAGCGCGAAGAAAAGAGCCAGGAAGGCCAAUGCGGAACAGAAGAAACUUGAGGACCCCACUAAACCAUCAUCUGACGAGAAGGGGCCCAAAACCAUUGAGAUGGAGACCAGAUCUCAGAUGCGAGAUAGGCUGCGUAAGCCUGUCAGGUAUGAGCGACCCAUGGGAUUCUACACACCCUCGCCUAGUGGACCCACCGGUAUACACGCCGAAACAAAGCCUAUUCCCGAGGAUGAGCUUGAAAUUUUACUGGAAGAGGUCGUUGAGGUCAAGCAUUUGCUCUUUUGUCGGCUCCUACUGUCUCACGCAACUCUACUGCCGAUCGCACUUCGAUCGGAUAGCAUUGAGGAUUUCCUGGUCGAUGACGAUGUGACUCGAGAACAUUUGCGUGAUCUGUGCCUGAAGCUUGAGCGUCCAGGCCUGCAGGAUGUUCGAGAUGCUUGUGCUGAUUUUGUACGUGGAGAAGACAGAACAUCAGAAGAGCACGACGCAGUCAGACCGGAGGACGAUGACGACAAUCAGAAAGACAACAUUCCAGAUAAAUAUGCUCUCAGAUUCCGCGACAAAUCCCGUCUCCCAGAGAAGUACCAGACGAAGCGCGAAAAGGCUGCCAGGAUUGCUAAGCAAGAGCAGAAAAUUUGGGGUCAAGAAGGAAAAGACGCCAUAGUGGAGUUUGACGAUGACGUGGAUGAAACCGGUUAUGAACGCAAACGAACGCGCAUCAAAGUGUGCGGUCGCUACAUGUACAAUUAUCCAUCCGAGAAGGCCCUUGGCCGCGGUGGAUGGUACCACUUCUCCGUCAUCGCGAAGGACUCCAGUUUGUACGAUGCAAUUGAGCUCUGUCGCAAUUGGAAUGAGUUCUUUGAACUCAACAUCCUUGCUAUACAUCAUUACUUUCCGGCGCCUAAGUGGACUAGGUUCGUGGGCGACAUUAUGCGCCAACAGCUGCUACAGCUUGGUUUUAUCCCGUACUUUGUGAGUGACCACGCGGAAAAAGUGACCCAUUACUUCCAGACUGGCUCUCGUGGAAUGGCCCGUCGUUCUCAUCAGUUCACCGAGAUGAGAAACUUCAUCUGCGGAAAUAUCAAAAGAGAUGAUGCUGUCAGCCGCCGCUUCAUUCAGUACCUAUCCAUGGAGACAUGGGAGAUACGCGCUCUGGUCCGUGACCGAAAGACAGGCAAAAUCCUUGUUCGACCUCCAGAAGAGGAAUUUUGGCUCCUCCGCGAGAAGGCUGGUUGGGGUCGCGCUAGUAAGAACGAAUUUGAGACCAUCAUCGAAAUUGGUGCCGAAUUCUUUGAGACCGUGGAAGACUCCAGGAAGUGGCAUUUCGGCUUUGAAGAGUACUACGAUGUCUACGUCUGGGAUGCAGACCCUGGAAAACCCUACUUUGCACUGCAGCGCAGACUUGAAGAGCUUCUGGCUCGAGCCAUCCGCGUCAAGGACGUAAAGGACAUGUUCAAGAUCUGCGCUCCAAUCUUUGAAUCAAUUACAAUCGAGAAGGACACCUCGAGGGUGCGCUCGAUCAAAUCCGGGGAAGAGGUCGAGACCAUGUGGGAUUUCCUGAGAGCCAACGCGCAUGCGUUUCAGUACAAUCCUGGCAAUGAGAAUCCGCAGACCAUGAAUGAAGGGAUCGACCAGACAUUCGUCUACACUGAGGCGGAUGAAAUCGAAGAUUCCAUUCUAUUUCCUGAAGAGGGUACCGGUGAGAUGAAGGACAACGUGUUCCGAGCGAAUCCGAGCUUAUUGGAGAUGUUCGAGAAGAAGCCCACGAUCGACCUUCGACGCUUUGCGAGGGACCUCGACUCUGAUGAGGAGCUAUCGGAAGACGACACCCUGGGUAGUGACGACGGUUCUGACGUCGACGCCGUGGAUGACGAUGGUGAUGAAGACUGGGAGACCGAUGAGGAUGAAAUGGACGAAGACUCUGACGGUGACUUCGAUUACUCUUUUGCAAACACAGGGGAUGUGGAGACUGCGAUGGAAAUCUUGGAGGACCAAUUCAGGUCCAAGACAAUCUACGCAAGAGGCGACCUAUCGCACAACGCUAUGAGGAAGGAGAUCCAUUGGCGAUUCAUGGCUUCCGUUAUGGACGACAUCGUUAUGACCAGUCUCAAUCGCGGACCUUUCGAACUCUGCAAGUUCAUGGAAAUGGCACCUCUAUUCGCGCAGGAACGAAGAAUUGUCGACGACGCUUUCAACGCUUACGCUGCAAUCGCGCUUUUCUUCGACACCCAAGCCUUUCUCAACUCGGAGAAGGGCCAAAUGUUCAAAGACUCCAACCUCAUCGACCAAGUCGAACGCGCAAAGUACGUCCCCGACCGCCGCACCCACAAAUCCAACAAAACAAUGCCCAAAUCUUUCUGGGAAGGAUGGGACCGCCUCCGCCGCGACAACAACCGCGAGGUAAACGACAACACCUACGAUAUCGUGCCCCUCGAGUGGCGCAAAGCCAUGCGUCCCGCUAUAAUCCGUCUCUUCAAAGCUGGCAUCAUUCAAAACUCUUACGCCGAUGGCGCCGACGGCUUUGCAACCGCUGGCGCUGAGCCAGGACACCCACUAGAUCUCUACAUCGAUUGGCGCAUGAACAUGCCCCGCGCACAGGUCCUCUCGCACCUCGUUGACCCCACGCCCUUUGACCGCGCAUACCUCCUCGACAAAGCACGCAAGUUCAAGGAAAACCACCAUUCAGCGUGCUUUUCCGCACUCCGCAUGUGGUCCGCACCGCACUUCUACCCGCUCAUGCUCGGCAUCGAUAAGCGCAAAAUGGUCGCCUUCCUUGACGACCGCGAGCGCCUCUGGGAAUUCAAGUUCAUCCCCAAGGACAUGCCGUAUAGCGAGUGGAGUGUCCAUCAGCAACUGAGUUUAAGGCUGGAACCGUGGCGUAAGAUGCUGAGGAAUGAGAAGGUAAUUGUGGCCAGGGAUUUGAUCUUGGUGAUGGGGGAGGAUAGGGGGGAGUGUAGGCGGUUGAGUGAGGGGGUUACCUGGGCGGUUACGACGAAGCCUUGGAGGUUGGAGAUUGACUUCUGGAGGAGCUUUGUGGGAGUCGAUCUGAAAUUUCUCGAGGACUUGGAUGAGAAGUGGUUGGAAUGA